CAUGCGUUAGGUUUACACUGCAUUUCAACAUAGACACUUAUUGAAUGCCUAGCUACAAUGCAAAGGGGACCCUGGAUUCGAAAAGGGAGAGAAAUUCCCUUAUCGAUUGUCUCAGCAAUAAUAAUAUAGCACGCGCCCUUUACUAAAGUAACUGAUACCACACAUAAGCAGGGAAACGGAACGGGGAAGAGAGCCGCGAACUAUGCAGCGAGGAUGAUUUCCGCCAGAAAAACUCCGGAGAAGAGUCGAUAUCACCUUCAUUAUCUGGUGUGGCAUAAUAAACACCGGCAGCUGGAGAAAGAGCUCUCGGCGCGUGAGCAGUUAGAUUUAGAAGUGUUGGACCCACGGGGUCGGACUCCUCUCCACCUGGCCGUGACAUUGGGCCACCUAGACUGUGCCCAUCUGUUACUCCAGCAUGGAGCCGAUGUCAGCAAAGAAAACAGAAAUGGUUGGACAGUGUUGCAGGAAGCCAUCAGCACACGUGACCCAGAGCUGGUACGCCUGGUGCUGCGUUACCGUGACUACCAGCGCACCACCAAGCGUCUGGCAGGAAUUCCACACCUACUGGAGAGACUCCGGCAGGCGCAGGAUUUUUAUGUGGAGAUGAAGUGGGAGUUUACAAGCUGGGUUCCAUUAGUGUCUCGAAUCUGUCCGAGUGACACUUAUCGGGUAUGGAAGAGUGGUCAGUCCCUCCGCGUGGAUACGACGCUCAUGGGAUUUGAGCAAAUGACCUGGCAGAGAGGGAAUCGCAGCUUCAUUUUCAGGGGUCAAGACUCCAGUGCCAUGGUGAUGGAAGUGGAUCAUGACAGACAGCUGGUGUUUUGCCAGACGCUCCCAUGCCUGUCUUCCUCCCCUUCCUCGCCCACUUCCCCCUCUUCCAGGGUAAGCACUACCGCUUUGAGCCUUUUAGGGGCGCUACAGCCCAGCUACGAACAGGUGGCGGCCCGUCUAUCUUCUCCUGUGGUGGCAACACAGCUCGACACUAGGAACAUCUCCUUUGAGAGGAAUAAAACGGGCAUUCUUGGCUGGCGAAGUGAGAAAACUGAGGUGGUGAAUGGGUAUGAAGCAAAGGUAUAUUGUGCCUCUAAUGUAGAGCUGAUCACACGAACACGCACUGACCAUCUCACUGACCAGCACAAAACAAAACCGAAAGGUGGUAAGACACCUCUACAGUCCUUCCUGGGUAUUGCCGAGCAGCAUGUGGGCCCAAACAAUGGACACACUCUGGUGAAGCAGAUAUCGUGCCCUGUAACAAACCCUUCGGCCCUGACGGCUGAGGAGUACUUUAACCCAAACCUGAGUCAUAGUCAAAGAGACAUCGGUCAGCCCUGUCACCUCACCACCAAAACACAAAGGUUCAAAGCUAAGCUAUGGCUGUGUGAAUCACACCCUUUAUCUCUGGCGGAUCAGGUGGCUCCUAUCAUCGACCUCAUGGCCAUCUCCAAUGCCCUGUUCGCUAAGCUUAGGGACUUCAUCACAUUACGCCUGCCCCCUGGAUUCCCGGUCAAAAUAGAAAUUCCCAUCUAUCAUAUCCUGAAUGCACGCAUCACCUUCGGUAACCUGAACGGCUGUGAGGAGGGCGGUUUGCCUCAGGUGGACACUGAGAGGGCUGGACAGAAGGACAGUCCCAGGACAGAGACACCGUCUCCAGGCAGCGACUCUUCCAGUGUGUCCAGCUCUAGUUCCACAAACUCAUGUCGUGGAGGAGAGAUCCCACCUUGUGUGUUUGAAGCUCCACGAGGCUACAGCGUGUUAGGAGGAAACCAGAGGCAGAACAUAAGAGAAGAGGAAGAUGAUCUGUUACAGUACGCCAUACAGCAGAGCCUCAUAGAAGCUGGAUCAGAGUACGACCAGGUGACAAUCUGGGAGGCUUUAACCAACAGUAAGCCGGGAACACACACUCUGUCCUGUGACCCCAGCCGCCUCGAAAGGACCCCACAGCACAAACCCAGACCUGUGGAGAGCCCUCGCAGCACACCAACCAAUAAACCACCACGCAGCUACAACGAGCAGCUGCGUUUAGCAAUGGAACUAUCCGCCCGUGAGCAGGAAGAGGCGGAGCUUCGUCAGAGACAAGAGGAAGAGGAACUGCAGCGAAUCAUACAACUGUCACUCAUGGAGAAGUGACACAACUCGGGACUAAUGGGAAACAAGGGGUGGGAGAGCAUGCCUAGGGAUACGUAACGUAACCAAUAUGGACUGUGAUUGGCCGCUCUCAAAUACCCCGCCCUCUUCUUCCAUAGAACUGGAUAACAGCGACUUUGGGCCAGUCCGAGUCGUUCAGAAUGUCCUCACUCUGCAAGUUUACAACCACAAACUACUAAUCUCAUGGCAAUCCACUGACUGAUCAGCACCAGUUUGGUGCAUGGGACCGUUCUUUAAAUGUUUGUAUGUGUGUUAAUGGCUGAGAAAGCUCUUAUUUAAGUGUAUUUCUGAAAGCCAUCAUCCAAGCUCUCUUAGAAAAAGCUCUUUCAAGAUCACAGAGGAGUUCUGAGGGUAAUGUUGAAUUUUGUCACAUUUUAAUUAUACAUAAUGGAAGCAAAGCAUUUUGGUUUUUAAGGCACAAAGAUCUCUGCACUUGGAGAUAGGACAGAGGAGCAGUGAUUAGUGCUAAUAGAAUGUGUAAGGGCACUUUCACCUUUGGGUUGCAGCAUGAUUUGUAAAAUUUUUAUUACUAGCUAGACUGAUAAAUCGACCAGUGGAGAAAUUACUGUAUUGGUACAACUGACAAGUAAUAAAAAGGAAUAUUCAAAGGGAAAAAAGACAUUUCAGGUACACGUCAUUUAUGACUAGAUGAUUCGGUUAAAUCUGAAUCAGAUCCUCACGCAAUACUCAUAAAUUAUGUUCUAAAAGCAAAAUUCAUAAUUCACAUACAAUGCAGUGUGUGCUCUACUUAAAAUGGUGCUAAAUUCAUCUUUUUAUCGAGUCUUGGGUAUGUUAAUAAUUGUACAUGUUAUGACAAGCAUUCAUCUGUCUGUUCAAUAACUCAACAACAAACAAACAAGCUUUGCUUCUGUUUAAGAUCCUUUCAUUACCUCCGUUCAGUGCUUCAUUCAACAUUACCAUUAGAGCUCAUUAUCCCAAACAGAUUGUUUUCAUGACUGGAACACCUGGGAAAGCUAAUCAAAAAUCGAAUUGUGUUUUCAAAAGGGGGGCCAGUUCUGGAAUAAUACAUGAGAGGAAUCACUCAUAGAGAGAUAAUGCCCUUUAAGGAUCUUAAAAUAGAUGUUUCUCCUUAGUCAGAUUUAUUCUGGGUCUGAGUGAUGUUCCCUCAGGAUUUGAUGUAUGGUGAAACUGAUAAAAACAAAGGAAACAUGGCCAUACUUUACUUUGGAAAAGCAUCUACGUAAAAGGACAAGGGAUAAAAGGGAUCAUUCACCCAGAAAUGCAAAUUCUGCCAUCAUUUACUGCCCUGUUUUUCCAAACCUGAACGACUUUCUUCUGUGGAACACAAAAGGAGAUGUUAGGCUGAAUGUUAGCCUCAGUCACCAUUCACUUUUACUGCAUCUUUUUUUCUCCAGAUAAUGAAAGUGAAUGGUAACUGAGGUUAACAUUCUGCCAACAUCUUUUUUUGUGUUCCAAGUCAGUCAGUCAUACAGGCUUGGAACAACAUAAUGGGGAGAAAAUUAUGACAGAAUUAUAAUUUUUUGGGUUAACUAUCCCUUUAGCAUCCUAGACGUUUUCAAAGGAAAAGGAACUAAUGAAAGUCUGUCCAGUGGUUUAGCUCCUGGUAAACAAAUAUGUAGGUUUUAUUUUAUAAAGAAUUAUGAUUGUGCAACUCGCCAGGGUUCAGUCUUUAAGAAAUGCUUGAAAUGACUCAACGUUUUAGGAUAACAUAUUAUAAGAGCGUUAUUUAUAUUAAACCAUUUUUUUAAAGCGUUAGUUCACCCUAAAAUGAAAAUUCUCCCAUUAUUUACUCAACCUCAUGCCAUCCCAGAUGUGUAUGACUUUCUUUCUUCAGCAGAACAAAAACAAAGAUUUUUAGAAGAAUAUCUCAGCUCUGUUGGUCCAUACAAUGCAAGUAAAUGGUGGCCAAAAUGUUGAAGUUCCAAAAACAUUAAAAAAAAAACUUAAAUAUUGAUCUGUUUCUCACCCACAUCUUUCAUAUCGCUUUUGAAGAUAUUAAUUUAACCUCUGGAGUUAUAUGGAUUACUUUUAUGCUGCCUUUGUGAUUUUUGGAACUUGAAAGUUCUGGUCACCAUUCACUUGCAUUGUGUGGACCUA